AUGAUGAGCCCUGACAGGAAUCGGAGUAGUGCAGUUGUUUUCAUCCUCUUAGGAUUCUCUGAUUAUCCAGAGCUUCAGGUGCCCCUCUUUCUACUGUUCCUCACCAUCUAUGUAGUCACUGUGGUAGGGAAUGUGGGCAUGAUUGUGAUCAUCAAGAUCAACCCCAAACUCCAUACCCCCAUGUACUUUUUUCUAAAACACUUGUCCUUUAUAGAUUUCUGUUACUCCAUUAUAAUUACACCAAAAUUGUUAGAAAAUUUAGUUGCAGAAGAUAAAAGCAUCUCUAUCAAGGGCUGCAUCACGCAGUUUUCCACUUGUGUCACCUGUGUGGUAACAGAGAUGAUCAUGUUGGCAGUGAUGGCCUAUGACCGCUUUGUUGCUAUAUGUAAUCCUUUGCUUUAUACAGUUUCCAUGUCCCCAAAAUGCUGUGGCUUGCUAGUGACUGUGGCAUAUUCUUGUGGCAUAAUUUCUUCUAUUAUAGUCACCUACUCAAUUCUUAUACUUUCGUUUUGUAAAACCAAAAUCAUUAAUAAUUUUGCAUGUGAAUAUUCUGUCUUCCUCUUUGCUUCCUGCUCUGAUAAACACUUCAGUGAGUUGAUAAACUCAACUGUUGCAGAUCUCAAUGCAUUUUGCUCCCUCAUCAUCAUUCUUACAUCCUAUCUUUUUAUUUUUGUCACAAUCCUUAAAAUGCCUUCAGCCGGUGUGAGAUAUAAAGCUUUCUCCACUUGUGCCUCCCACUUGACGGCUGUUACCAUCUUCUAUGGAACCAUCCUCUUUCUCUAUAGUAUUCCCAAUUCCCAAAACUCAUGGCUUGUAGUCAAAGUAGGAUCUGUUUUUUAUCUUGUAGUGAUUCCUAUGCUAAAUCCCUUAAUAUAUAGUCUAAGGAACAAUGAUGUGAAGGAAACCUUGAGGAAAUUAAUGGAUCUCCAAAUAAUUUCUCAAUAA